UGUAAGGGAAAAGUGAGAAAGUAGAAGUACAAACCAGCAGUGCAAAGAGUUGUGCCUCACGGAGUAUGAUGUUAACUCUUGUUCUUGGUCUGGCUACAGUUCUGACUGCAGUAUCUAGUUCCUUACUUUUCCAUGGGGAGAAAGUUUAUCGAGUAAACCUUCAAAGCAAUGACCACAUCAAAAUAAUCAACAAGUUGCACAAUGUUAUAGAGCUUGACUUCUGGUAUCCUGAGUCUGUAAAUCAGCUAUCACCAAACACGGAUGUGGAUUUCCAUGUAAGUGCAGCUCAGGCUGCCUACGUGCAGAGUGUCUUGGAGCAGAGUGGAAUCAAGCAUUUCAUUUUGAUUGAUGACCUACAGGAAGCAAUAGAGAAACAGCAUGACUCUAAAGAAGUGACCAGUGGCCACAGUUACUGGAAGUACAACACUUGGGAACAGAUUGCUUCCUGGACUGCUCAGUUGUCAUCUGAUAAUCCAUCACUGGUUUCUCGUAUUGUUAUUGGAACCACUUAUGAAGGACGUCCAAUGUAUCUUCUUAAGUUGGGCAAAAGAGGUACAAAGAAGAAAAAGGCCAUCUUCAUGGAUUGUGGCAUUCAUGCCAGAGAGUGGAUUUCCCCUGUGUUCUGUCAGUGGUUUGUCAAAGAGGUUGUUCACACCCAUGGAAUGGACAGCUCUGUGAAACAACUAAUAGACAACCUGGAUAUCUAUGUUCUACCAGUAUUUAACAUUGAUGGCUACACAUUUACUUGGACUGGUAGUCGACUGUGGAGAAAAAGUCUUUCAAACAACCCUAACUCCAUUUGUGUUGGGACAGACCUGAACAGGAAUUUUAAUGCUUCAUGGUGUAGUAUUGGUGCUUCACGUAAUCCUUGUGCAGGUGAUUACUGUGGAUCUGGCCCAGAAUCUGAAAUAGAAACUAGGAAUGUUGCAAACUUUAUUCGAGAACACCUCUCCAGCAUCAAGGGGUACAUAUCUAUACAUUCUUACUCCCAGAUACUGCUAUUCCCUUAUGGAUACACCUACUUACAUGCAGCUGACCAUGAGAAACUAAGCAGUAUUGCUAAAGCAGCAGUGAAGGAGCUGAGCAAUCUAUAUGGUACGGAGUACAAAUAUGGGCCAAUAUCAGGAACUAUAUAUCCUGCUGCUGGAGGGUCAGAUGACUGGGCUUAUGAUAAAGGUAUCAAAUACUCCUUUACCUUUGAACUUCGCGAUACUGGCAAAUAUGGUUUCCUCUUGCCAGAGUCUCUGAUUGAGCCAACAUGUAAAGAAACAAUGCUGGCAGUCAAAUACAUCCUGAAUUAUAUCCUCAGUCAUAACUUUUGAAGUACUUUACCAAUGUGCUUGUUAGAGGUAUAACAUUCAUCUUAAGUUUUGUUCUUGAUCAACAGCAUUAAAGCCUUUUUUGCUAAGUGACUGAACUAAAAA